AUGGACGAAGUUUGUCGGAUUUGUCGCAGUGAGGCUACGGACGAUGAGCCACUCUAUCAUCCGUGCCGCUGCUCAGGCUCCAUCAAGUAUGUACACCAGGACUGUUUGCUUGAGUGGCUAAAGCACUCCUCCAAGGGCCAGUACUGCGAGCUGUGCCACACGAAAUACACGUUUACUAGCGUUUAUGAACCAGACAUGCCCGAAAAGCUGCCGGUAACCGCCCACAUUUAUCAUUUUCUUACGCUUGUGCGACGGGGCUCCCGGUACGCGUCGAUGCUCAUCUGGAUUCACAUUUGGUAUCUUACCCUGGCUAUUACUCUCAAAUACGAGCUUGAGUUCAGCACAAUUUACGGCAAUAACCUGCAUAGAGUUAUGCCCCACUAUAUCCUGCAGAUUUUCCUUUCUAAACUCGGAAGAGAGCCUGUGUUUGAGGCAGCUUGGCCGUACAGUCUGCUCCCUAACGAAAUUCAGCACGCAACGGUGCGUGGGACAUUUGCACUAAUUGCGUUGAUCUUUACUGCCCUUAUACUCAUUACAGUCAGUGCAUGGACUACUGAGGAUCCGUUUUUCCGUCACGAAAUUGAGCACCUCCAGGAUGGCGAGGUUGGCCCUAUGGAAGUUCCGGACUUGGCCGACAAUGUUGGCGAUGCUCCUGUACCACAGAAUGCUGCUGAGAACGACGAAGAUGAUAAUGGGCUGAUCUGGGGCCCUGCGCCGGCUGAUCCCGCCCAGGACGAUGGGCAAGAGGACUGGGACAAUGUGGACGAUUUGUUUGAGGCCGGCAACGACGAGGAUGAUGGAGAGGGUGUUUUGAGAGAAAUCUGGAUUAAUGCUGAGGCUUUUGUUGGUGCUCCAUGGGGUCAACAGAUUGUUGAAAUCGUGAGCACUGUCGUAAAGCUUAGCGUCAUGGUUGUUGCAUUUUAUGGGUGCCCCCAUGCUCUCGGACGACUCCACAUCCAUGCUGCGAUGUAUGUUCCUGCUUAUCUUCAGGCCCUGUGGAAUUUCGCCAGACGAGGACCCGUUGAUCUCGAGGCGUCCUUAUCCAGGGUUUUUCUCAUGCAGGUUCCUGAGGCUGUACCGUUUGAAAUCAUGGCUCUGGUUUUAGGGUACAUCGAUAUCGCAAUGGCAACUUACUUUAUCUAUCGACAAUUCUUCCAGGUCAUGCUUUCAGACGAGUCGUAUCGAGGAGUUCUUGUUUCGAUGGUUUACGUUUUGUCUACAAUGAAGGUCUUAUGCGUUGUGGUUGUUGAAAUGAUUUCCUUCCCUAUUUUCUGUGGAAUCAACUUCCAUAUUGCAAUUUUCCCUCUCGUUGAUGUUUCUUGGAGGGUCACUGUCGAAUACGUCAAAAGCCACCCUUACCAAGCUGCGGUCAGUUAUUGGGCGAGUGGUUUGCUGUACAUGUCUGUCUUAGCAGGAUUCUUGUCCGUUUGUCGAAAGUUCUUGCGACCGGGUGUUUUAUAUUUCGUGCAGGACCCCAGCGAUCCCCGAUAUCAACCGGUUAGAACUAUUUUGAUGAACGGUCUCAUUGACCACCUUCGCAAGGUUUUGCUUUCUGCCGUGAUGUACACCUUCUUGAUUGUGGGUGGCAUUGGAUCUGUCUGCACGUUUGUAAGGUUUAUCUUGCCCAUUCUGUAUCCUGUCAACCUGGGCUUUGAAUUUACCUGGGAUUUACUGCAGUUAUGGCCGUUUGCAGGGAUGCUUCUGAUCCAGUACCGUGAUGGUGCCUUCAGUAAAAAGCGCUGGGCCCGAAUCUUGAGAAUGGUGCUCCCUGUGUUUUUCCGCCGCAGUGCUGAUCUCGCUGGUAUUCGCCACUUUCUGUUUGCGGACGCGCCCAAACCACCGGCUGGUCAAGCUGGAAAGUUUGUACGGGCGCCUUCAAACGACUAUUUCAAGAUGCGUAAAAAUCUCGAGCUGUUUGUUCCUGUUACGCCUGAUGAUAAAAGAUUGGAUGGUGUUGAAGGGUUAUCAGAAAGAGAGUUGCAAAAAUACACCUUGGUGUGGCGCCCUUCUUAUUUCUGGGCCCGUAUUGCGUUUUUCAUGGUCUCUCUAUGGGCGAUGCUUGCUUGCUCAUCCUGUCUUUUAGUGUUCCUCCCUCUGUUUGUUGGCAGAAUGGUUAGCAACUACUUUUUAUCUUCGCCCGUCACCAACAGUAGUAUUUCUCUGCUGGUUGGGCAAGCUGUUAUGUGGGGUAUCUUUAAAUACCACCAGCAGUUCCUGCACCUCAAGACCCAGAUGGCCGCGGACCCUCUUUUGGCCUACCGGAUCCAUACCUACACACUUGUUCUCGGACUCUUUGCGGACCAGUGCUUAAACUUCCCUCAAAUUCUUCCCCCUGCUAUUCAGCGAGCCAUUGUUACCUCUCACGUUCCCGUCGCCAGCUAUGUCGUCUACGGAAUCCCUCUGUUGUUUUGGGAGCGAGCCAAUAUAGACCCCAUCACGAGGGAGCAGCUGCGCGGGCUGAUUGGCAGCUUAGCCAAGUUGUUGGUAGGACGCACUGCGUUCAUGCUGUUGCUCCCCCGGCGUUUGCAGCAGAUCCUCGCCGUCGAUGCCCGGGCAGGCUUCCUCUUGUUGGCUGUAUAUGCUGUUCUCAUGAGAUUCGGCGUCUUUGCAUACAUUUCCGAAUGGAACUCACGAGCCCGCGAAAGCUAUUAUUCUCGUGGCGUUCAGCUCAUCAAUCUACGUGAAAACUAA